AUGCCAGACCACGCUGGAACGGCCGUCGCCGCGCCGCCCCAGAGCGGCUCCAACCCGACCCCUCCCAAGGAGCUAUACCCCAUGGUCAACUGGAAGUAUGACCUCUUCCUCUGGGUCUUGGGCGUGCUGGUCGACCUCUUCUUCCGCGAGGUUCACCCUCGUGGCUCCUGGAAAGUCCCCAAGUCGGGUCCUGUUCUCUUCGUCGCCGCUCCUCACGCCAACCAGUUCGUCGAUGCUCUCAUCCUCCAGCGCACCCUCCGACACGAGGCCGGUCGUCGAGUCUCCCUCCUCAUUGCGCAAAAGUCUGUCCAUGGCUUCAUCGGCUGGGGUUCGCGUCAGGUCGGCUCCGUCCCCGUCGGACGCGCCCAGGACGCUGCCAAGCCCGGCGCCGGCGUCAUCUAUCUGCCCGACCCCAUCAACGAUCCUACACUCAUCCGCGGCGUUGGCACCAAGUUUGGCCAAGGAGAGGGCGAGGUACACGGCAUGCUGUUCUUGCCCUCUGCCAAGAAGCAGACCGGCGCCAGCAUCGACAUUGCACAGAUUAUCGGACCCGAGGAAAUUCGCAUAAAGCGCCCGUUCAAGGGCAAGCUGUCGCUUGAGCAGCUUACCGGACGCGAUGAUAUUGACGAGAAUGGCAACUUCACCAACAAGGACCUCAAGGGAUGCAGUCCCGGCUUCAAGGGAACCAAGUACAAGCUCGCCCCGCACAUUGAUCAGACCAAGGUGUACGAGGCCGUCUUUGACCGUCUGAGGUCAGGUGGCUGCGUAGGCAUCUUCCCCGAGGGAGGUAGCCAUGACCGCACUGAGCUGCUUCCCCUGAAGGCUGGUGUUGCCAUUAUGGCACUUGGCGCCCUUGCCGAAUCCCCCGACUGUGGUCUGACGAUUGUGCCCGUUGGCAUGAACUAUUUCCACGCCCACAAGUUCCGCAGUCGCGCCGUCGUCGAGUUCGGUCCUCCUUUCGAAGUUCCCCGGCACUUGGUCGAGAUGUACAAGAACAACCAGAGACGCGAGGCCAUCGGCCAGCUCCUCGACAGCGUAUACCAGGCUUUGAGCGCCGUCACCGUCUCUACCCCCGACUACGAUACCCUGAUGAUGCUUCAAGCUGCUCGACGUCUGUAUAACCCCACCGGAAAGAAGCUGCCUCUGCCUGUCGUCAUUGAACUAAACCGCAGACUCGCCAUGGGCUACGAAAAGUACAAGGAUGACGCCCGGGUCGUCCAUGUGAUUAAGUCUGUCAAGCAAUACAACAAGGAGCUACGCUACGUCAACCUGCGCGACCACCAGGUCCAGUACGGCAAGAUGUCCAUCCCCAAGGUCAUCUUCCUGUUGUUCUACCGCGUUGCCAAGCUCCUUGUUCUGCUUAUCGGCGUACUGCCCGGUCUUAUUCUCUUCGCCCCUGUUUUUGCCGCAUCCAAGGCCAUUAGCGUUCGUAAGGCGAAGCAAGCUUUGGCUGGCUCGACGGUAAAGGUUCAGGGACGCGACGUUAUGGCUACAUGGAAACUUUUGGUCGCCAUCUUCCUCGCCCCGACUCUAUACCACUUUUACUCGGCCAUUGUCACCUACAAGGUCUGGCAGGAUCAUCUCUGGGGUCGCGUUCCUGGAUGGGUGCCGUGGUGGACGACAUACUUGGUCAUGUGGCCCCUCAUGGUGGGCAUUACAUUUGCUGCGCUGCGAUUUGGCGAAGUCGGCAUGGACAUCUUCAAGUCUCUGAGGCCUUUGGUCCUCUGUCUGAACCCCGCCUCAAGCUACAACAUCCAGCAGCUGCGUGCGAAGCGCGUUGACCUUAGCUCCCAAGUGACAGAUCUCAUCAACACGCUUGGACCCGAGAUGUUCCCCGACUUCGAGAAGACCCGUCUAGUGGCAGACCCGUACAAGGCCGACGGAUACUCCCGACCGCGCACACCGCCGGCGCGCCGUGAUAGUGACGCAUCCAGCGCCUACGAUGCCGCGACGCCGCCGUCCAUCUCUAGAAGACAAACCCAGCAGUCGAGCCGCGCGAUGCCCCGCAACGAAUCGUACAGCAACAUUGGCGGCGUCGGCAUCUUCUCCACGCGGCCACCUUCCCGGUCUCGGAGUCGGAGCAGCAGCAGCGGAGGCGGACUCGGGUCGGGCGGGUUCCACAUCAGCGGGUUCACGACUCUGGACUCUGCGGGUGGGUUUGACGAGGCUAGCAAAAAGAUUCGCGAGGCGAUGAAGCUUCGUCGGAGAAAGAGCGGGGAUCACAAGAUGGAGCUGGGCGCGGACGAGAGCGAGGAUGAGGAGUACAACGAGGCGCGCAAGAAGAACACAUGA